AUGACGAGGAUCACAACGAAUGAAUUCAGCGGCCCGACGUUCAAGCCACAGGCUUUUAUCCAGCACGAAAGACGCGAGUCUCAGCUCAACAUAGAUGCGGUGAAUGUUUUCCUGGAGUCUGACCCUGCUAACGCACAGCUUACGCACGACCUGGUCACGGAGGUGACCAUGGAUCCCGUGCUUAAAACUGGCAGCGAGUAUUACGACAUGAGUAAGGACCAGCAUCGCAGAGCAACCGCGCUCAAGAUUGCUAAGAUGGCCGUGUACUUGGAGCAGGACAUAAAGCGGGCCGCCCGUAAUUACCGUGGCGGCGCAGUGGAGAAGUUUCAGACUAGUGACAAGACGCCUAUUCUGACUGCACAGGACCUCGCAAUCUUUGACAAAAGACUUUCUAUCAUCUCGAACCAGGACCCACAGCUAGGAACCAGGAUUGGUGUUCAUCUCGGUCUUUUCGGCAACUGCAUCCGCGGUAACGGCACCAACGAGCAAAUCCGCUAUUGGCUCCAGGAGAAGGGUGCGCUGUUCCUGAAAGGCAUAUACGGUUGUUUCGCUAUGACUGAGCUGGGCCACGGCUCCAACGUUGCGCAGCUUCAGACCCGCGCUGAGUACAACAUUCAGACAGACACGUUUUUAAUAAAUACGCCAAAUCUGCCCGCGACCAAGUGGUGGAUUGGUGGUGCAGCGCACUCUGCAACCCAUGCCACUGUGUACGCGCGUCUUAUCGUCAAGGGCAAAGACUACGGUGUCAAGACCUUUGUUGUCCCUCUCAGGGACCCGGGCACAUUCCAGCUUUUGCCCGGAGUUUUCAUCGGUGACAUUGGCACCAAGAUGGGUCGCGACGGCAUUGACAACGGAUGGAUCCAGUUCAAAAAUGUUGUCAUUCCUCGCGAGUUUAUGCUCUGCAGGUUUACAAAGGUGAUCAGGUCUGAGCAAGGCGACGACGCAAAGGUGUGGUCUGAGCCCACUCUGGACCAAAUAUCAGGCUACAGCGCCCUUUUGAACGGCCGAGUCAACAUGGUAAUGGAUUCUUUCAGGUUUGGAGCCAAGUUUGUGACCAUUGCAGUACGCUACGCAGUGGGACGGCAACAAUUUGCUCCCGCAGGCGACAAAACUGGAAAAGCAGAGGAAACUCAAUUAAUAAACUAUCCUUUGCAUCAGUAUCGCGUGCUGCCACAUCUGGCAGUUGUUUACUUGAUUUCGCCGGUUGCGUUCAACCUCAUGGCCACAUAUCAUUCAACCUUGGACCAGCUUUUCAAGGCGUCGUCUUCGGGCGACAAGAAACAGCUAGGGCCUGUGAGCUUGAAGCUGAAAGACUUAUUUAUCGAUAGCGCCAGUUUGAAAGCUACCAAUACAUGGCUGGUAGCCACGGCAAUCGAUGAAUUGCGGCAAGCAUGUGGCGGUUUAGGCUAUUCGGCAUAUAACGGGUUCGGCAAGGGCUUCAGUGAUUGGGUUGUUCAGUGCACAUGGGAAGGCGACAACAGUAUCCUGUCGCUGACUUCCGCCAGAAGCAUCCUCAAGAAAUUCACAGACCUCUCCAAGGGCAAAGUACAGGAAUCGCAGUCGUUCAAGUACUUGUCGCCCAGCUUUGUCACUCAGGUAUUGAGAGGCUCUAAGAGCGCCCAGAUUCGGUCUCUCGAGGACUAUAUUGAGGUUUGGGGGAUCAUGCUUGUCAAGAUAUUACACUACUGCGUCGAUCUUGUUUCUAAGACCAAGAACACGGACUCUAUCUCUAAACACCUCAUCAUGAUCUCGCGGUUCCAUGCCUUCCACACCAUGCUUCAGGCUUACUACGAGAAGCUCAAAUCCCCCGAAGACUCGCAUGUUUCCGAUCAGGAAUCCCAAAAGAUGCUAUGGAAUCUGUUCCGUCUCUUUUCGCUUUACUUCAUUGACAAGCACUCGGGCGAGUUCCUGCAAUUCAAGGUGUUUACCCCAGACCAGAUCCAGACCAUUGUGCAACCCCAGCUGCUAGCUCUUCUCCCAGAAAUCCGCAAAGAGUGUAUCGCCCUCACUGACGCCUUUAAAUUGCCAGAUGCGAUGUUGAACGCUCCUAUUGGUUACUAUGACGGUGACAUUUACAAUAACUACUACGCGGAGGUGCUCAAGAACAAUCCACCAGAGGCUCCUGGUCCAGGCAAGCCCAACUAUCACGAGGUCCUUACCACGAUGCUCCGGAGGGAUUACGAACCCGAGGAAAAUCUUGCAAAGCUGGGGAAGUAA